AGCAUUUUCGAUCUUGAGCACAUGUCAAGAGCCUUGAAGGGCAAGUUUAGUAAAAUUCUUAUCGUUUCCAUUUACUAUUGUCACCAUUGUGGUUAUAUUCUUAAAGAUUUCUUUAUAAUAUGUGGGAGGUUGUAUAUCCCCAUUCAAGAGCUGUUGAUCUUGACACAGAAGAUGACGAAUUUACGGAUCAAAAGAAUCGAAGUUCAAGACCAAUUGUUCGUCUGUCAAGACGGUUUCAAAAUGAUUCGUCACUUUCUUGUGCGUUGCUUGUUAUGGCGUUUGACAGAAUUCCUACAACCUUUAUUGAAGCAAAUUUUAUAAACAAAGACAGUGAUAUCAUUGGAGUCGUAUCUAGCGGCGUUUGUAAAGAUGAAAUUAUAUGGAACUCGUUAAAACAGACUUCAAACUUGGAUAAAACUUGUUUCAUAUAUUCUGCUACAAAUAACCGCGAAAUUCUCCUUUGUCAAUGUAAAGUGAAGGUGUCUGAAGAAAUCAGUCAUGACUGGGUCAAGGAAGUAUUUGCUUGUAUAAAACCCAAGAAAGUGAUAAUCUUGACAACAUUGCCUGCAUCGUCAUGCUCUCUUGAUUGUGAUGAUGAUCAAGAUCAGUUGUUUGUAUUAAAAACAGAUCAUUGGAACUGUGAAUUAUCUUUACCAUAUUUACCUUCGCCUAAUUUUGUUUCAAAAUUACCUGCUGCAGUGCUCAGUUAUUGUCAAAUAUUUCGAAUCCCUGCAGCAUUGUAUGUUGGUGUUUUUGCAACAGAUAGUUUAACUCACAGUUUUACAGCAAUAGAUAUAUUCGACUCAUUGAUACAAAAUGGAAGUUUAAAAGAUCUACCUACACUGUCAAAAUGUGAAAAAGAAGAUUUCUUGAAUUCCUUAGUAAUCACGAGUCCACAUUUACAAAGCAAUAUGUAUACAUAAAUGAAGAUAAGAUAAGUAUUCAUUUAUGUACAUGAAUGUACAUGAAUGUACUUAUAUAUGCACAUUAUGACAUAAAACAUUUAUGAUACAAUCAUCAAUGACUGUUAGAAGCGGUGCUUUUGUGAAAAAUGUCGUCAAAAUAAAAAGCUCAAUGUGAUA